UUAUUAGCUUUAGCGUUGCGUAUUAGCGGUAUUAGCUUUACUGCUGUUUUGGUUUUAUAUAUUCAAUAAUGGCUCGUCAAUUAACUAAAUUGGGUUUUCUGGAAGCGAAAAAAACGCUAUUCUUGUUGUGUGAUCUGCAGGAAAUGUUCAGACCGGGAAUGAAAAUAUUCGACCCGGUCGUUAAAAACGCGAACAAGUUGGUUCAAGCUGGAAAAUUGUUGGAUAUUCCUUUGAUAGUAACUGAACAUUAUCCGGAAAAACUAGGGCACAUUGUUAAGGAGCUGGAUAUUUCUCAUGCCAAGGGGGUCUUUCCAAAAACGUUGUUCAGUAUGAUGAUCCCGGAAGUUCAGACCAAAAUGACGGAACUUUUCGGUGCGGAUUUAGAAACAGUAGUCCUGUUUGGACUGGAGUCACACAUCUGCCUUGAACAAACAGCGAUGGAUUUGCUUAAAAGUGGGCUUACCGUGCACGUUGCUGCAGAUUGUUCUGUGUCGCGUACACAAGAAGACAGAAAACUAGCGCUUGAACGACUGCAGCAAAUUGGAUGCUUCGUUACGACUAGCGAGAACGUCAUUUUCAAGCUUAUGAAGGAUAAAAAGCAUCCGGCCUUCGACAAAGUUCGUCAUCUGGUCCGCGAGCCAUCGGCUGACACUGGGCUUUCUAAGCUGUAACAUAUUUGGCCCUAGAACUACCGACGUAUUGAUGUAGCUCUAAGCGAAGAAUUACGAAAUACAAAUUUGAAAAAGGUCAUGCUUAGGAAACACACGUUUUGUGUCAUUAUUACUACAUAUUAUAAAUAUUGUAAAAAGUGCAUUUAAAAAUAGUUCACCAAUUUAAUUUGGAGCACAAGGCGCCCAGUCAGAGAUUAUUUGUA